GCAAUAGCGGCAGGCGAAGAACAGUUUUGUGGUAGUCUUGGCAGAGCGGCAGUAUUUUGUCUGCCAACCCAGAAGUGAAAAAGACACGACAGACCUUUGCUCAUUCCUGCUCAAGUGUUCGUAGGCCGUUCCUAUUCAUUCGCGUAUAGGCAUGUACUAGCCGUGAAGACUGGGGCCACUAUCAUCGCAUCGAACGAAUUGGUUCGUUUGUGUAUGAUUAUACGACAAUACCAGACAGCAAAGGAGGAGCUCGACACACCUGGAAGGUUUCACUGUUCGGGCUGAACGGGACGGCGAAGGCAACAUCUGUGAAAUUUUCUUUUAGACUUUAAUUACUCUGGUAGCAGAAACGAAUUAAGGUUGUUUUGUUUGCUUUCGAUCCGGCACAGUUCUCGAUACAAAACGAAUGCGAGUGGAUCUAGUGGUUUGCUACCAAUUUGCUGAUUAGUGGCGGCGCAUUUGGAGAUCAAACACCAGACACGAGGUUGUAGGAAGCAAGCACAUGUUGAGUCGAGGAGGAGUUGAGAAAUAUACAUCGGUGCAAGUGGUCGACACAUUUUGCAUUGCUGCUGCACGAUAACGCGUGUCGAUCGACGUUAGCUGCUGCUGACCGGCAAACGGAGGUCCAAUAACGAGUUGCUUAAAAAUCCAGAAAAAGAGCACGAUUAAAAUAAACGGAAGUAAGCGAAAAUUAGUUUUUCUUUGGUGACUGUGAUUUACGAGCGUUUCUGUAACGGUUAUUCCCGGACGUUCGACGUGCGGAGAAGUCGAAGAGGGCAUCAUGGCCAAUACCGCUGCUCCUGCGUCCUCCCCAGAACUCCUCCACGGCACGAUCAAGAAGGUGACUUCGGCGGACACUUUUGUCUUGCAAUAUUUUAAAAAUAAAGUGCCACAUGAGAGGGUGGUCCACCUCGCGAAUUUAGUCGCUCCAAAGGUGGCAAUCUAUACUAAUGAUAUGAAUCAACAUGACGAGCCCAUGGGAUGGGAGUGCCGUGAAGUUCUUCGUAAGGAGUUUAUUAAGACAGAAGUUACCGCAGAAGUCGAACACAAAGCUGCUAAAUCAGUAUUCGCUUACAUAUUCAAGGGUCACUCUACGGAGGGAGAAUCCCUUAAUGAAAUGGCCGUGGCUCGCGGUUUCGCCUCAGUAAAGGAGGUAAACAAGAAAAACGAACGAUAUGAAAGACUUAAGGAGCUUCAGGAGCAGGCCAGAACUGCGAAGCUUGGCAUAUGGUCUGAUAACAAAUCCACGAAAGUUCGCGAAAUUGAAUGGGCGGUUAAGGAUGUUGCAGGUUUUGUCGACAGCUACAAAGGCAAACCGCUCGACGCUAUCGUUGAAGGCAUACACCCCAGUGCGGCCGGCAUUCGUGCGUACGUUGAGCUUGGUGGAGUCUACUAUUAUCUGACAGUAAUGCUGGCAGGAAUUCGUGGCCCAUCAGAUGAAAGUGGAAUUAGGCCUCGAGCAAUCUACUUUCUCGAAUGUGGUUUGCUGCACGCGUCGGGGAUCCAGUUGCAACUAGAUAGUGCUGGCAGUAAUGGCCAAUUGUUCGGUCGGGUAAAACAUCCAGACUUCGAUAUUGUUAAGUUGGUACUCAUAAAUGGCUUAGCUCAGACUCAGGAUUGGUCUUUGCUAUCAAUGGAACCUGAAUACGUUGAGGAACUUCGAGCGGCAGAAAGCACUGCCAAACAGGAAAGAAAAGGAAUCUGGAAAAACUACAAGGAGACAGUCAAGGCUGAUAGGAGCCAGUCGACGGCCAAGGUUGUUGAAGUAAUCGCUGCCGAUAUGCUCGUUAUUAAAGAUUCAAGCAACAAUCUAAAAAAAAUCUUCAUUUCUUCGAUUCGGCCGCCUAGAAAGGAGACCCAAGUGGCCUAUGCACCGGGCAAGCUAACCAUGGCCCAGAAGAUGUUCCAGCAGCCGCUCUUAUUCGAAGCUCGUGAGUUUUUGCGGAAGGCGCUUAUUGGCAAAAAUGUCCAAGUUCAGACGGACUUCAUCCAACCAAAGAGCGACCUAUACCCCGAGAAGGUAUGCUGUACAGUAACCAUUGGUGGAAAAAAUAUUGCUGAACAGUUGGUUGCUAAGGGCCUUGCCAGUGUCAUCCGAUAUCGGCAAGAUAACGACCAGCGCUCGCCUUAUUACUUGGAAUUGCAGAAAGCAGAAAACACGGCUCAGAAAAGCGGCGUUGGCCUUUACGCCAAAAAGGAUCCGGAGCCUAUGAAGGUGGUUGAUUUGCAGGGCGAACCGAUCAAAUCAAAACAAUACUUCAGUAGUCUUCAACGGAGCAAUCCACUUGAAGGCAUCGUCGAGUUUGUUUCAUCGGGCUCUCGUUUAAGAGUGUACUGUGCCAAGCACGCGUGCAUUUUCCCCUUUCUUCUUAAUGGCAUCCAGUGCCCGCGUGCUAGCAGACUUGACCAGAAUGGUCAGUCUAGAAUAGGCGGAGAUCCAUUUGGGGAUGAUGCGCUCAUGUUCACGAAGGAUCAGUGCCUACAGCACGAAAUUAAUAUGGAGGUGGAAAGCCAAGACAAAAAUGGCGCCAUGAUUGGGAAGGCAACCAUUGCGGGGAAAAACCUGGCAGUUGAACUAGUUAAGGUGGGUUUGGCGACAGUCCAUCAUUAUUCUGCCGAAAAACUUCAUUAUUAUAAAGAUCUUUGCAAUGCCGAGGAGCUGGCAAAAAAAGAAAGACUUCGUUUGUGGAAAAACUACGUCGAGGAAGUAAAGGAGGAAACCGAAGAACUGAUCGAAGAGGCUCGUGAAGAUCAAAAGUCUGAACGCACGGUCGAUUUCAAGACGGUUCACGUUUCCGAAAUUACAUCUGAAGUGACCAAGUUCUAUGUGCAAUACACCAACGAUCGGGAGAAGUUCCUCGAAAUGCAUGACAAGCUUCAGGAAGAGCUCAAGAAUACCUCGAUUGCAGGUCCUUUUAAGCGAGGGGAGCGCGCUGCUGCUAAGUUUAGCGAUGGCAAUUGGUACCGAGUUAAGAUCGAGAAGUUAUCACCAAAAAAGGCCGAUCUCCUAUACGUGGACUACGGAAAUCGAGGCGAGUGCCCGCCAAAUCAAUUGCAGCGUCUUCCAGCGUUCUGCGCCACUACACCAGAUGUAGCUCAUCUUGUAAACCUAGCGUUUGUUAAGAUGCCCAAGGAUGAAGAAGAGGUACUUGCUGCCCGAAAGGUGUUCGCAAAAAAUGUCAAAGGCGAGGUUAAAAUGAACGUUGAGUAUAGCAUCCAAGGGGAGCAAUACGUGACUCUUCAUGUAGACGAUUCAGACGUUGGACGUGAGCUAAUCGCUGACGGCUACGCGUUCUUCGAGCCUCGCCGUGGUGAGCGAUACGCGGAAAUCUGCAAAGAAUACCAAGAGGCCAUGGACAAAGCUAAGAACGAACAUCUUAACCUAUGGGAGUACGGAGACGCUCGCGACGAUGAAGAUGACCGGUCUUAGAUGUGUCUUCGCAAGCAAAAACCGCAUCGUCAAUGGGCGAAGAGUGGAAAUUACCACUGGUACAUCAGCUCUAAGAAGAUCCAGCUGGAGCGGAAACAUGGGAUGGCCAGCUUUGUUCAUUAACGUGACAUCAUUUACUGAAUAGCAGGAAAAAAGUGCAAAUUAAGUGGACGUACGGAUAUUUCCUUGCUCGUCGGUUUUCGAGUUAUAAUUCCAUUUCCAUUAACGGAGAUCGUGUAGCGAAAAAAACAUCAAACAAAAGAGAAACUGCCUCGGGCACCAACAACAACCAGCAAAAACUAAUUUCGUCGAAGUCGGGAUGAUUCUGCUUCAUAGUCAAGCUCCUGCACCGCAGAAAAAAAUGGAUUGUACGAAUUCAAGUUCGCCGUUCAACGCCAUUUAAUUAAAAGAAUUAAUGCUUUACCUUUUGAUUGCGCUAUAAUUAACACGUUGUUGAAUCCAAUGAAAAUCGUCGUAACCCACAACAGCAUUUGUUAACUCGCGUGUCAAGCACGUGUUUAUGGUGCGUUCUAACUAUAGUUGUAGCAGCAGUAGCAGAUUAAUAUUGAAAAUGGCAACGAAUACAUAAAAUCAAAACUAACAGAGAGAACAAGUUUGUUGCAAUGCGCUUUACGUUCUGGUUAAUUACCUUAAAUCUACCGUUUCAACCGGACUUAACGAAGCGUAGCAUAUCAUUUUGUUUCCUCUGUCCAAGGAACCAUUUCUGAGGACCACAAAGUGGUAAACGUACAUUGUUUAAUGAUUCCGUCACAGAAUAAGCGUAAAAGCAGAUCAGGUGUGACUGCCAAUAGGGGUUGGGCGGGUUGCUCACGAAAAUUAAUUGUUGUUGUUGUUGUUGAUCACAAUGACGGCCUCGAUGCAAUGAGAACUAUUAUUAAUGUUGUACUACAGCUAUUUUCAUAAGGACGGGUGUAUAGGAUAAUUCCAUCUUCUUCAAGAUUCUGAUGGGCGGGCACAUUCAUUCUGGGUAAACGAUCGGCGAUGAUCUUAAUGCCGGCAGUCGUAUCUAACCUGCCACUAUCACAAGUGCUAGCGAAUUGAGUAGUAGUCACAAAAUGGCGGCAUCAGAUAAUAUUAUCAGGUAGUAUCAAAUGAAAUCUUGUAGUCCGGAGUAUAAUAAUUAAUAAAAAAAAAAAUUCAUUAGACGUUGAUUGUUUAAGUGUAACGAGCGAGUUCAGUGCGCGAUUGUUGAAAGAACGAUGAACUGAUACGUCAUUGUAAUAGCAUCGCAGUGUUAACAUAGAACCGGCAGUUCCAAUUUCCUUUUGAGUCAUACAUGCCCAAUACUAAGGUUGUUAGUCUUCACUGUGCCGAAUGCGCAAAUGGCCAACACCGUAGUAGUUGAAACAGCAGCCGCGAAAGAUAUUAUGCUUUUCUUACAUUGUGUGACUCCUAGCAUGUCAUGUGUUCUCUAAAUAGCUCAUUGAAGGGUGCGAAAGAAGGCCUCGGAACUGACGAACGCACCGUGUAAAUGAUUGAAAUAAGGAAUGGGGUGGGAGCUAGGUCUUGUGCUAAGUUCUGAAGAAUAUACAAUAGAUUGAAACAGAUAGCGUUAAUUGAUAAUAAAGAUAGAGCCAAUACUAAUAGAACUUAAAUAGAAAUAGAGGUUAGGUGUUAAUGCCUAGUGACAGUUGCAUCUAUAUUGAAUGAAUAAUUAAUCACAAGUUUAAACGAUAAGAGCUACUGUUACUACCACAACUAUCAUUUUCGUCCUACAUUGAGUAGGACGAACUUCCGAACAUGAGAGAAUCAAGUGACAGUUAAAAUAGAACGAAUGGCGUCAUAGUAUUGAAAAUUCAUGUCACAUUUUUCGUAUAACAUACUUGAAAGACAACUUUAAUUGUCGGGCAGGAAAACAUGCUGCCAAUAUUGUAUAAAUAGAUUUCUCGAUAAUAAUACUGUUAUUGCUACUCAGGAACUGAUAAAUUAUUUUUUCGAAUCGGAGAAUUUCUAUGAAUUCCUCAAUGCUAUGAUUAUUAUAGUAUGAUUACGACAAUAUUAAGGGUUUAUAUGCGGCGGCAUCGAAGUAGUCUUUCUAAGCCAUAAGCAGGAUUUUGCAUUGAGUGAAUCACUAACGAUUGCGUCUAUCCAUGUGAAACGAUAUAAUUGAUAAAAAAAUUUUCGCACAACAUACUAAUGGCAUACCAAUUUGUUAAAUAUCUAAUUAGUAUCUGACGUGCUUCUUGGCUGGUUCCUUGUGUUUAACAGCUCUCGAGGUUUUCAAACCGCUCAGCUAUAAAUGAAACAACAU